GAGCGCACGGGGGCGCCGGGGGGCGGGCCCGGCCCCGCGCCGCAGGCCUUGUAGCCAUUUUAGGAGGAAACCCUUACGGUUCCCCGGGGCGCGGCUUCAAUUUCAACAACUUUAUUGGCGCCCUCGCCUGCAGCUCAGCCCUCGCGUCCCGGCCCGGAGCGGGAAGCGCGGCUCUGGAGGUGCCGGGUUCCAGCCGUAGCCAUGGGGAACACCACCAGCGAGCGGGCGUCCGGAGAGCGGCACGGCGCCAAGGCGGCCCGCGCUGAGGCCGGCGGCUCGGGCGUCGGCAAGGAGCACAGGAUCAUGGUGGGGAGCACCGACGACCCCAACGUCUUCAGCUUGCCCGACGCCAGGCUCCCUGGGGACAAAGAGUUUGUAUCCUGGCAGCAGGAUUUGGACGACUGUGUAAAGCCCACCCAGCAGGCCCGGCCCACGGUUAUCCGCUGGUCUGAAGGAGGCAAAGAGGUCUUCAUCUCUGGGUCCUUCAACAAUUGGAGCGCCAAGAUCCCACUGAUUAAGAGCCAUAAUGAUUUCGUUGCUAUCCUGGACCUCCCAGAGGGGGAGCACCAAUACAAGUUCUUUGUGGAUGGACAGUGGGUUCAUGAUCCAGCGGAGCCUGUGAUUACCAGUCAGCUCGGCACGAUUAAUAAUUUGAUACAUGUGAAGAAAUCUGAUUUUGAAGUGUUUGAUGCUUUAAAGCUAGAUUCUAUGGAAAGCUCUGAGACAGCUUGUCGAGACCUUUCCAGCUCACCCCCAGGGCCUUAUGGUCAAGAAAUGUAUGUGUUUCGAUCUGAGGAGAGAUUUAAGUCCCCACCCAUCCUCCCACCUCACUUACUCCAAGUUAUUCUUAACAAGGACACCAAUAUUUCUUGUGACCCCGCCUUACUUCCCGAGCCCAAUCAUGUUAUGCUGAAUCAUCUCUAUGCACUGUCCAUUAAGGACAGUGUGAUGGUCCUUAGUGCAACCCAUCGCUACAAGAAGAAGUAUGUCACCACACUGCUGUACAAGCCCAUCUGAAGACGUGCCGCACCACGCUGCCUCCCAGCAGGCUAGAGACGGCUCCCUUGCCUCCUAACUGAGCCAGUCUUAUCUCAGACUGGAAGGCUGAUUUGCUUUGAGGCUGAACGUGUGUGUUCAGAGCUUCUGAGUCGGAGGCUCUGCUUUUGCAUUUGGUUGCAGAUGAGAGCUUUAUGAGUUCAUGGAAUUUAUUUUAAGAUAAAACACAUAUAUGUAUAUAUACAUAUGAGAGGAAGGCUAUGGAAGCUGACCUGGCCCAGCUCAAUGGAUUCCCUCUCCCUCCAGACCUGGUUGGGGGAACUGCAGGGAGAAGUAUACAGGAAGCUUGUUUUCCUCAAGCACACUUGUAGGAUCCUAGCUGGGUGCGGCCCCUGGGCUGCUCCUGUGAGAGAGGAAUGGACUUGUGCUAUGUGUCUGUCUCCUUCCGGCUGCUUGCUGCAGGGUACCUUCCCUUUCACGGGCUCGCUGUGUCCCCACAAUAUGCAGUGCAGUUUUGUGGUCUUUUAUAGGACAUCAGAUGCCCUUUUCCCUCUCACAUCCUUCCUUCAAUAGCCGCCUUCAGCUCCCACACUCUACCGCUCUAAUGCCAAACCCACUGGGCAAAUGACCCUUUGAAAAGUAGUGUGGACUUCCCACAUCAGACACUGGCGCACCAAGGGUCUGCUCCUUAGGCCAGCCACUUCACUUUACCACUUGUUAACCUCUAUUGAGGAAAAUGUAGCUCCCUGUUCUACUGAAGGCCACACCUUGGCCGCAUGGCACAUUUUCACUGGUCUUUCCAUGUGGCCUGGUCCUGCUUUUGGCAGACGGCUCUGCAGGUAGGUGUGGAGAUAGGGAAGUCAUAGAGGUCUUACAGAUAUGCCUAUGUUUUUCUUUAGUUACAAAAUUAAUCUUCUUCACUGACAUUGAGAGAGAAGUUCAGGCUUUUGAUAAAUGUUUCUUCUGAUUUUCCUCUCUAUUCUAGGGAAAAAUACAAUCUUGCCUGGUUCAGAUACAAAUUCAUCCUGACUCAUUUGAUACAUAUGACUAGAUUCAAUAAGUGUCUCCAACAUUCAUAACCAGGAAGAGUAUAGUUCUUUGUACUAAAUGUUAAUGAGAUAAUUUACUUUUCCCUUCUGCCUCUUCUUUUUAAAGAUCAAGUAGUGGCACUGAGUUCUGUUUAUGGAUUGAAAAGUAUUUAGUCCACCCUUGGGGUUUAGAGAUAAAACAUUUCCCCCAAGUAUCUUGGCUCUUCCAUGUUACAGAUGAAUGCAAGUCAGACAUUCAACAAGGAAGGAGGCCAAACUCGAUGGUUGAGCGACCCCUUGACCGCUGAGGCCAGCCACACUGACAGGGCCAACAGGUCAGUGGAGCCCCCACCCGCCUUGCCCAUGCGCAUGUGGCAGCACAGUUCUCUUUGGGCUCUGUUGUCUUUCCUCAUCCAGGGCAUGAGGCUGAUGAGUGUGGGUGGGUUGGCAGGACACAGAUGGCUUUAAGUGUUUGGGGGUUCGUUGGCAAGGGGGAAGGCUGCUUUUGCCAUGUAAGCCCAGUCUAUAGCAGGCAGCCUCUGUGGAGAUUUUUUUCACAGUCCAGCCCUCUUUUCCAAGGGCGUGCGGUUUUAGAAUGUCAGGCCAAGGCCCAUUGUGGCCACCUUGGGACUCUGCUCGGUUGUUGUACAGGGAGCUUUGUUCUUAUUCGGUGCCCAUGGGUUGAGUGGGCCUCCUAGGUGGAUUUAAAACCUUUGUUGCGACAUGGAGAUUUUGCCCUUCUCAGAUUGCUUGUUAACAAUAUUGAAACAUUGUCUGUGCAUGCAUGUGUUAAAGCUCACUCCACAAAGGUAUGUGGACAGAAAACAAGCCGAGGACAGAAAACCAGCUGAGUCUCUCGAGCUUCUGGGGGUUCUGUGAAUCAAGUCUGGCGCUGGUGAUCUUCUAAUCUGGGGAUGGCUAGUUGCGUCUAGUUUUGGUGAUCCUCAGAUCUUCCUAAUCUGGAAGUGUGCAGAGAGGUCAGUCUCCCCGAUUCUGAAGUAAUCUCGGCCAGAUGUGAAGUAGGAGCCUUGCAUCUGGCGAGGAGGGGAAGAUGCAGGGGAGAGGAGCCUGUCCUGCCCCAUCCCUCUCUCCCUGCUAGUGCUGGCACUGAGAGGCCUGCCCCAGGCUGACACAAGGAAAGGAGUGGUGGAAAGAAGGUAAUCCACACUUAGCUGUCCUUUGUUCUGGUUAGUUUACGGGAUUGUGUAUUUUCUGAACAAGAGAGUUCUAAGAAAUGCAUAAAGGGGAAAAAAACUUUAGUUUUUUUUUUUUUUUUUUUUUUU